UUUCUUUUUUCUUUUUUUUUUUUUUUUGAGACGGAGUCUCGCUCUGUGCCCAGGCUGGAGUGCAGUGGCACCAUCUCGGCUCACCGCAAGCUCCACCUCCCAGGUUUACGCCAUUCUCCUGCCUCAGCCUCCUGAGUAGCUGGGACUACAGGCGCCGCCACCACACCCGGCUGAUUUUUUAUAUUUUUAGUAGAGACGGGGUUUCACCGUGUUAGCCAGGAUGGUCUCAAUCUCCUGACCUUGUGAUCCACCCGCCUUGGCCUCCCAAAGUGCUGGGAUUACAGGCGUGGGCCACCGCGCCCGGCCCAGCCCAUCCUUCUUAGUGAUCUGGUUCUCUCAUUCCACCGCUGAGCACCAGGCUUGGUGUUCCUGAUGAGGCCUCAUCCCUCCUCAGUGAGCCCCUGACUCAGGGGAGACAUGCAGCAUCGAGCUGCUCUCACGGGGCUGGGUGCAGGUGGUCUCUGAGCCCAACUUAUGGGGGCAGAGGGGGACUCAUCCCCUUCAGGCUCCCCACGUGUCCUUGUCCCCGCACCUCCCGCUGGGUACCCUACCACCCUCCCUGCCUUCCUCUCCACCACCAGGACACCCCUUGGGGCUCUGGCCAUUCAGCUCCUGCUAGGCUCUGGAGGUGGCCAGGCCUGGCUUUCCUUGGCCCAAAGUGUCUGUGUGUGACGCUGCUUUUCCUUCUAGGCAGCUGUAAAGGCAGGUGUCUGUCUGUCCUGACCAUUCAGUGCCCAUGAACAGUGGAGAAAGGCUGGAAGUAGGGGCUGGCACCUGCCUUAGCCGUCCUCUGUCCAUCAGAGGUGGUGCUAGGUGAGGCAGGGAGUCCACCAGGCAGACCAAGCACUGAGGUGGAUGAGAGGGCAUUUGCUGCUGGGGGUUACCUCCAGGUGGUAGCCCCUCACCCUAGGCUGGCUCAGCACCCGUGCCUGGCGCUACAGCUGACACUGCCCCCAAGCCCUGAGUGCAGCCCCACACUGGGGCCAGGUUGGUCUGGGGGAUGGGCAGGCCUGACAAGUGACCGAUUGCCUGUGUGCUGGGAAGAGAGGUCAGGGCAGCUGAGUUCACUCUUGGGAGCUGACCGUGCCUGCGCCCUACCCGAGGGGAGGAACACUUGUCUCUUACAGCCAGGCAGAACCUGCUCUGAUUCACUGCUGAGCCCGAAGGACGAGGGUGCCAGACCCACAGACUCGCUCUGUUGGGACAACUCCCUUGGGUUAGACCGCAGCCUCCAGUCAUGCUGUGCAUCUCCAUCUGGCACAGAAAGCUGUGCAGUCAAAUUUAGCAUCCAAAAUCACAACACAACUUAGCAAAGGAAAAGCCAGGACUAGCAGGUGAUAUGGGCUCUGCCAGGUGGUGUCCGGAGGCCUGGAGUGAACAUGAAGACGAUGUUGUCAGGGCAGGGUAACCUGUGGCCAUCUCAGAAGAUUGCCUGCCUGCCCAGCAUUCAGAGGACAGGUUUCUGUUCUUUCUCUAGAAUUUUUGAUGUUCUAAACAGGAACAUACUUAAAAAAAAAAAAACUGACUAAAAGUUAGAAUGGAAGAUUCAAGUAUAAAUCCAUAUUUUCUUCAGGAGGUACUUCUUGACCAGUUUGUCUCUCUAGACUUGACUGGCUGUCUCUGUCAGGGGGCCGGCCCUGCUGUGUAACCACAUUGCCGCACACUGAUGCAAGUUCUUUUGAGGCAGGUGCAGCCUGGCAUCAACUCUGGCAUCAACUCAAGGGUGCCAGGGCCAGGCCUGCAGGUCCCUGGCCUUUCCCUCUUGGUUGCCAGGUGGCUUCGUGGCCCCUGCCAUUAGGUUGGUGUUCCAGGCAGGAGGGAAGAAACAAGAAAUAAGUGGUGAUGCCAAUCUCUGGCGCCCCCUGGUUGGCAUCUGCUUACCUCUCAUUGGUCAGUUGGCAUCACACAGCCAUCUAGUUCCAAGAGAGUCUUAGAAAUGUAGUUUUUCCGAUUCGGGUAUAAAAAUAACUUUUUAGAUAGUAUUUUUCUCUUCAUAGAUUUGAAAUUUUGUUGCCGAGAAUCUUCCAAUGCAACACUGCAACAAUGGCAGCAUUGUCCAGGCUGGGGAGCAGGAGGGUGGGGAUGGUGCCACGGAGAGGAGGGUGUCUCUGGCCCCUCCUCUGGGCUGACCCAGACCUGCUGAGGUGGCUUCUCACUGAAGAAAUGAGCCCAGGGGUUCAGUCUAUUUCUCCUUGGUAUAGCUCGGUUGGGAAGCUCUCAGCUACCAGGUACUGGAAAGAAGCCUGUCUUAUUUUAGGAAACAACUUCAACCACAAUAAAAGUGCAUUAUCUCCCAAGAUGAGGCAGAAGUCGGCCUACGGUGACACAGAGAUCCGAGUCCUUUCCCACCAUCUGCUCUGCCAGCUUUGGCUCCUCCCCUUGUGUGUCCCCAAGGAGGCUGCUUCUACUCCAGGUGUCGUGUGCAGGCACCAGGGGACUGGAGGCAGUGAGGGCCCCUUUGCUCUUUGCCCAUGUCCUCCUGGACGCUCCUAGCAGCUCCCUUCCACGUGUCCAUUUGCAGACAGGCAUUGGCAAGGGGCCUGGUCGUGCGCAUCCAGCACAGCCACUGCAUGGCAGAGGAGGGGUGGGCUGCUGGAGAGGAUGGGAAGGAAGUCCAGCAACGUCUGCCCGUGGGCCACGCUCUCUUUUCCUUAGUGUGGGGUUCCUGCAUUUACAGAGCAAUGCAGGUUUAAUGCUGAAAUCUCAGAAUGUAUAAAAAGACAAAAGAAAAAACAAACAUUAAGAACUCACCUAUAACCCAGUCACUCAGAGAUAAUCAUGAUAAUAUGAUGUAUCCAGCGCCAACUGGACACGUACAUCCAGGGAGUAAACCUCACAGGCUGGAAGCUGGAGGUCACUGCAGUGCUGCUGACUCACAUGGGCUUCUAAAAUGGGAAAGAUUUUAAAACAUUGCCUCUGACACUGGCAUCAUUCGUACAGACUGUUCCGUGAUGCCAGGCAGCUUCCUCAUUGCAUCUCAGUGAGUCCGUAAGUAACUCUGAAGACUCGCAAGGUGGAGGCUACAGUUCCAAGAUUCCUUAAAUCCACGUUGUGACACAACCGGUAUGGUCACUGGACGUUCGUGUUUUUCCUGACUCUUUAUAAUUUAUUGAUUUUCUUCAGUGGCCAAGACAGAACUGAAAAUUAUUAUUAGGCCUAUUUUGCAGACCACACCGAAAUUCUUUAAGAGGACAAGAAGAAAUCCUUUGCUGAAUCAAGCAGAACUGAGUGUUGUAGGAACCCCUGCAUCCCUGACUCCUGGGCUGGAAGGUCCAGCGUCCCAGCUCUCAGGCCAGUUGUAGCCGCUGGUGGAGUUCUGAAAACAGUCCGUACAGAGAAAGCUCUCUAUCCUUUCUGAGCACACAUUUAAGCUGAAUAUCUAAAGUAUCUGGUAGUACCACCGAACACUUGCUGCCAUUUCUAAUGUACUGAAUAUUCUAAAGUAAUAAAAAUAAAGAGUAAGAAAAAAUGCCUCAUCGGAUCAUUGUCAUAGUGGUGAAAGUUUGUAAACAGUAUCACCCCUUCAUUUGUAUAAAGCUAUUAUUUUAAAUCACAUUUAAUUUGCAUUGUUUUAAAUUGUGAUGAGUCUUUGAUUUGUUUUUAAUUUACCGUGAGCUGGAGUCCACAUGUGACCCACAGAUGCUGCAAGUGUGGAUGCUGGUCCAGGCAGCACGUUCCUCAAGGGAAGGGGUGUGGCUUGUUCAUCUUGGAAACCCCAGUUCAGUGCCUGGAACUUGAGAAGCACAGAAUAACCACUGGAAGAACUGAGCAACCCUAAAGGACAACAAUGCAGGCUGCUCAGCUGACCCACCCAUGAACCCAGGAAGAAGUGAACAGACCUUUCCACAAGUCAAUGUAGAUUUGUUUUCUGAAGGGGACUUGCUUCUUCAGGCCCUCAACGGCUUCCUCAUGGCAGUCACAGAGGAUGGCUACAUCUUUUACGUCUCUCCCACAGUCCAGGACUACCUGGGAUUUCAUCAAUCAGAUGUCAUCUACCAGAGUGUGUUCGAGCUGAUCCACAAGGAGGACAGAGCCAUGUUCCAGAGCCAGUUACGCUGGCCUCCAGACACAGCAUCAGUCAGCAGAGAAGCAGAUCCGGACACCAGCUCUCUGCCUGGAGAGAGUUCCCUCCCACUUAGUGGCACCCCUCCUGCCAGCGUUCAGCAUCUGCCCUUGGAAGACCCUUGCUACCUGGAGAGAAGCUUUGUCUGUCGGUUCCGCUGCCUGCUGGACAAUUCUUCUGGGUUUCUGGAAUUGAAUUUCCAGGGCCAUCUCAAAUUCCUCCCUGGGCAGAACACUAAGUCAGAAGACGGCACCUUCCUGUCUCCUCACCUUACCCUGUUUGCCACUGCAACACCUCGUCAGCCUCUCACCAUCCUGGAGCUCCAAAACAAAACAUUUAUUUUCCAAACAAAACACAAAUUGGAUUUCACACCUAUAGCCUGUGAUUCCAGAGGGAAGGUGAUUCUGGGCUACACCGACAGCGAGCUCUGCAGGGGGGGAUCUGGCUACCAGUUCAUCCACGCGGCAGACAUGAUGUACUGCGCCGAGAACCACGUGCGAAUGAUGAGGACGGGCGAGAGCGGGCUCACGGUGUUCCGGCUGCUCACCAAGCAGGGGCGCUGGCUGUGGGUGCAGUCCAACGCGCGCCUGGUGUUCCGCGGCGGCCGGCCCGAGUGCAUCGUCGCCCGACAGCGGGCCCUCACGAACUUGGAGGGGGAGGAGCACCUGCGCAAACGGGCCCUGCAGCUGCCGUUCACCUUCACUACGGGGGAGGCCGUCCUGUAUGAGAGCAGCCUCCCAAGCGCCCUGACUGCCCUCCCAGCCAGGAAGAGGACCAGGGCUAGGAAGGGUCUUCCAGCUGGCCAGGACUCUUCGUGCCCCGGAUCUCUCCUUGGAGCCAUGAUGCAGCAAGAUGAAUCCGUGUACUUGUCCUGCAUUGCUCCCACCCUCCAGGGCUCACCCUUCGAGAGGCAGGGGUCUGAUAACAGAUGUGAGGACAAGGAAGAGAAAGAGAAGGAGGAAGGCAGCUCCCUGCUGGCCCUCAUCGAGAGCCUGCUGGAGAAGGACAAGGAAGAACAGCCUGACCUUUGCUCCACCCUCCAGCACCUGGCUGUCACCAAUCUCAACCAGCAUCUGUGGGAAGAGAAGCUUCAAGGAGCUGACUCGGGCCCUGCAGGACCUCAGAACUGCCACCUGCCACCACCCAGCCAAGGAAGAAAACUCCACAGGGAGAAGGAGACCCAGUUUUAUGACACUGGGAACGUGGGCUUGCCCCCACCAGCCAGCAUGACUUCUCCACAGACCCUGAAUCCACCAUCUUCUCAGGGCUCAGCCCAGCUAGCCACAGAAGUAACUCCACCUCCAAACGUGGGCUUGGUGCCCAGCUACCCUCAAGCACAUCCCCAGGAUUGUCUCAUCACUGGUCCUUCUAUCCCUGGCCCCACACUCCAGAACCCCCUCCAGGGCCCCCCACAGUGGUGGCCUCGGCACAGCCAGGCAGUGCCUUCGAACUUUGAGAUGUGUCAGAAGCCAACAUUUGACCUCAGCCCACUGCCUCAGGCCUCCAGCCCAAGCCGGCCUGCUCAGGGUUUUCAGCCAAGCCACACACCUUUUCUCUCUUUAGGAGAAAAUGUUCCUGGACACCUGGCUCCGCCAGGCCCUGGUGUUCUGAAUUUUUGCAAGGAAUCUGUGCCCUGGACCUCCACACACACUGGUCAGGGCCAAGGGUCCUUGAUCCCCUCAGACCCCACUUUAUGUGUCAACCCAUGUGGUACCCACCGUUUGCGCAGCAUUUGGGAUUCCCCCAUCCAGGGCCACCCAGUUGCAGUCCCCAUGGAGGUGGUGGCAGAGCAGAAAGCAGGGCAGGCCCAGCCUGACCCCUUCAGCUGCCCAUGGAUGGUUGACCCCUGCCUUCUAUGGACACGGCCACCCAGUCCCAGCUUGUACAGAGGUCAGCCCCCAUCUGUGCAGGGGGCACCUGGGACACCAGAGGAAAAAUCUGGAGAGGGGGAGCAUCCACCCCACUCUCUGGGGCCAAACCAGCUUUCCAGGAGUCCAGCCUGUCCUUCCCAAGUACUUCCGCCGGGAUCCUCAGCCAUGCAGGGCUCUUACACUGCAGACCCCAACCCAGCCACCAAGCAGCAGCAGUGGGUGCAGGGGGUGCUGCAGAGCCAGGAGCACUGUGGGCAGGUAAGAGAAGGGGCACCACGUGUCCAUCACCAGGCUGGCCACCUGAGAGAUGCCAUUCCCCAGGCUCCUCAGCAGAACCCCUUCCCCUCUCCUGACUCUGCCAACAGCUCCCCACAUUCAGGUGGCAGCCACUACAGCAGCCCAGCAGAGCUUAUGAGACAAGUCAAAGACAGACCACAGGUGCCACCUAGCCUGGCCCAGCCUAUCUGCCCCCCUGACCUGGCCUGGCCUCCCACGUCCAUGCAGGGCAGCUAUGACAUUAGGCUCCGGGUGGGUGUUGGUACACAGGGUCUCAGAAAACCGGGACCGGCAGGGAAGGGCACCCCACCACACAGGUCAAGUACAGAGCUGCUGGCAAACGUGGACAUGUCAGGGCCUUAGCCCAGACAGACAGUACAAGGAGGGGCAAUGGAACUGGCCCAGCCUUGGCUUGGGUUGCUGUGGGGUCCAGAGUGGGGACACAGAGAGAUUUUGCAAAGGUAGCAGGUUACUGCCAUGUGGAUCAUGUGAAGCCAGUAGUGGUGGCAACCACAGCCCCCUGGAGGGCCCCAUUUGGUGUCUCCUGGGCCAUUGCUGAGCAGCCUGGACGCUCCCCAUAAUGUAGCCUAGCUUUGGACCCCCAGAACUUGAAUUAGUCAUAGAGAUUUGAAUGUGGUCCUCUUGCAACUCCCUGCAUGCACCACUUCCAACACCCCAUGCAGAGACCGGCACUUCUCCUUUGCCUGGUGCUGCUGGGAACUGAGGCCCUCUGUAGGCAUGAAGUCUUCAGGUGACUAACCUUCCCCCAGAAAUGCAGCUUUGGAUGGAAAUCACAUGAGAGUGCUGCUGCUUCCCUCAGCUCCUGUCGUGGUUUCUGGGUGAUGCCCUCAGGACUGAGCAGGGAUGUAUAGCUGAUUCCCUGAACCCUAAGUGGCCCCAAAUAGCCACAUCUUGGGUCCUCUCCCAACUUUGCUGGGUUUUCUGUCCCUUCUCAUUGGACACUGCAACCCCUCACUUCUGCUUUCGGGGAUCUCAGGCUGCCCAUCUCUAGGGUCCCUGCUCACUUCUCUUCCCAGUGUUUUGUUUUCAUCUGUUGUAGGUUAGAAAAUCUGAAGACCAGAUUUGAUAAACUUUCCUGAAACCAAAAUAAACAGAUUCCUAAUCAAAGCCUGAAUAAGCAAGUAUCAAUUUUAGACUCCUCGAACUAGCCCUCUUCUCUUUUCAGCAAAUCUGUUCUUACUCAGUUUCCUGUUUUCCUAACAGCGGUGUUCCCAAAACGAAGGCCGCAAGAUGGCACUGGGGGUUCCAGGCCCAACAGCAAAGACAUUUUUCUCCCAGGUCUGACGUAAGAUGAUGUUGUGCUUUGCACGUCUACACGAGAGAUUUGGGGCCUUAACUACUGACAUUUUCCCUGAGAUUAAAGUUUCUUAAACUCUCA